AUGGUUCAGCUUGAGUACUCGGUCGAAGAGCCGCUUAACCGCGAGCCAGAGCUUGAGAAGUUAGUCCAAAGUUUCAUUACCAAAGACGGCUACGACCGCAACCACGGCCCCAUUCCCCACAUCGAUGCCAGCACACACAAAGUCUCCAUCACCGGCCUCGUCAACAAUGAACUCUCGCUUUGCAUUUCAGACCUUCAAGCACUUCCACAACAUACCGUGAUAUGCGCAUUACAAUGCGCCGGCAAUCGGCGUCAUACCAUGCGUACAAAGUUGAAGGAGGUGUCCGGCAUCGACUGGUUCGAUGGUGCUGUCAUGAACUGCAAAUGGACUGGCCCUCUGCUCAAGGAUGUUCUGGAAAAAGCUGGUGUCAAGGUCGAGGAUGAUAAGCUGAAGGAAGCGCAUGUAGCAUUCUCGUGCUACCAGACGGUUACGCAAGAAGAUGACUUUUACGGUGCCAGUAUUCCACUGUCACGAGCUAUGAAUCGCGAAAGCUCGAUUUUGCUCGCGCUGAAGAUGAACGACAAGCCUCUUCCACCUAAUCAUGGAGCUCCAGUCCGCGUCGUCACACCAGGUAUCGCCGGAGCGAGGAGCGUAAAGUGGCUUGACUCUAUCUCAGUCCAGCUAAGCGAGAGCCAAAGCCACUACCAGCAACAUGACUACAAGAUUCUACCUCCGGAAGCUGAUUCCAAAGAGAAGGCAGAGGAGUACUGGGACAAAGUUGGCGCGCUGCAUGACAUGCCUGUCAACAGCGUCAUCGGAGUUCCGAAGUCAGGUACCACUGUACAUCAGGAUGCAGAUGGUAUGAUUGAAGUCAAGGGAUACGCCCUGCCUAGUGGUGCAGAUGGACCUAUCGUGAAAGUUGAAGUCAGUGUUGACGGAGGAAAGUCAUGGACAGAGGCAGAACUGAUUAAGAACUAUGAGGGUGAAGACGCCAAGGAUGUUGAACUCAAGUGGGCGUGGGCGCUAUGGAAGUUGAAGGUCAAAGUCGAGAAGGGCAAGGAUGUCACGAUCUACAGUCGCGCAACAGACAAAAGUGGUAAUAUGCAGGAGAAAUGUCCAAAGUGGAACUUCCGGGGCGUGGCGUACAACGGAUAUGGUGAAGCUUCUGGACUGGAGGUUGUCUGA